AUGGAAGUCACAGGUCUUGUUCUAGGUGGUAUACCUCUUGCAAUAUGGGCUCUAGAGAAAUAUGCCGAGCCCUUCGAGGCUUUUCGGCAUUACCGUACUUCGAUAGAAACCUUUCGAACCGACUUGAUACUCCAGAACCGACAUCUACAGACCACACUCGCCAAUAUCGGCCUUGGGGCUGAGCCAACAGGAGAGGAGCUGCGUGAAUGCUUUGAAAGACAAUUCCCGAGUAUAUCUCGGGAGUUGCUGCUCAUCGUUCGGCGCAUGGAUGAGGUUACGGCUAUUCUUUUAAGGAAUCUUGAGGUGGAUAGUAUUGGCAAGCCAGCCGGAAUGUCCGAUAAGUUCCAAUGGGAAUGGCGCAGAGUAAAACACAGCUUCAGUACCAAGAAGCGGAAUAAAGUGGUCGAGGAUCUUAGAAAUUGGAAUGAUGACUUGAGGAGGUCUCUAGAGAUACCUGAGAUACCGGCUGAAGACGAUAGCAUCAAGGUUCAGUAUUUGAAACGUCGAUUUAAUAUACAGCGCUGUGAUUCCAUUCGCAUGUGCUUGGCAUCCCUGCAUCGGGCUCUUGAAUAUGGAUUUAGCUGUCCAUGCUCGCCUGCUCAUGAAGCCGGCAUCUAUCUUGACUGGGAGGCGUACGAGUCUACUGAAUCAAAGCCUUUCAAGGUUGCGGUCUCAUACGCUACCCCGUUGCAUCAGUCCAAUUCUUGGCAGAAGCUCUGUUUCACUCUAGACACACCUCCCAAGAAGAAUGACUCUACAUCCGCGCUAUUGAUUCCAACAAAUACAUCAAACACACCAACAAGAGAGCCAUCGCCAUCCCUAUCCAUGCGAUCUCUUGUGACACAUUUCAAACGCAGUCGCUCCAGCUCACAUAUUCCAACACCACAACCUGCGACAGAGGAGAAGACCUCUAUUCUUUCCAGCUCGUCUAGAUAUUUGAAUUCUCCAUCCUCGACUAAAAGUGUCUCCUCGACCACAAGCUCCAACAUAACUAGCCUUUGCACUACACUGUGUACUGCUAUUGAUCCUUUGCAGCUGCAAGGCAUUCUGGAAGAUCCCGAUGAAGAUCAGAAACGACGAUUUCUUCUCGACUCAAGUUAUAACCAAGCAGAUCUUUCCCGUAUCAUUGAACCAGUUUCCCUCAGAUCUCUCUUUGAAUCAGAUCGGGAGUUAUCUCAAAGCCGACCGUGGCUUUUACUAUCUACAAAACAAAGAUACGGUAUCGCAGCCUCGGUCGCUUGGUCGGUUCUACACCUCAGCGGCAGCUCCUGGUUCAAUGACAAUUGGGACUAUAGACAAGUGAACAUCUUCCUUGAGAAGACGGGCACAGGUCACGAAGUACUAUCCCGACACCCUUGCAGCUCAUAUAUCUUCUCGCCGGGUGCAAAAAUUACAGCAGAGGAUUUCGCCGGAGAGAAUUUAAGGAAUCUGAUUCCAAACCGAACCAUAUUUUCGCUUGGCAUUUUUCUUAUUGAGUUAUGCAUUAAUAAACGAUUUGCUACAGCAGGUGGCGAUAAUACAGUGUCAUCAUCACUGUUGGAUGACUACCAAGCUGCACUGGGUCAUCUGGACGAAGUAUAUCGCUUGGCGGGGGAUCCAUAUGGAUAUGCAGCUGAGAGAUGUGUGAAAUACUCUUUUCAAGGUCGAGAUCUAUACAAGCAGUUUAGUUUCUCGCAGUUCCGACAACAGUUCUAUGAUACGGUAGUUGCGCCUGUCCAGGCGACCUACCUGCUGUUCCCUGGCUCGCGUGAUCCUGAAUAG